AUGGAAAACUAGCUUAGAAACUAAGAAGAAAAUGGAGUUAAUGCAUAGCUGCUUUAACACAGAGAUUCAAAUAUGAUUAACCCUUAUUAAAAAAAUAGAAAUGUUUACACUAAAAAAUCAAAUAUUUUGCUAGGAUUAAGUAUUUUCCUGAUAGUUCUCUCCACAAUUCUCAAUAUUUUAUUCCAAAAUACCAUUUUCAAUACUUCAUUAGAUGUUUAGUAAUCGAUUUAGAAGAAUAUGGAUGUUGAAUUUCUUAAGUUUUUAAUGAAUAUUAUCUCUAACUUUGUCAAUCCUACUAUAGUCAUUGGCUUACUUAUCUUGAUAUUCGCAUUCUCUAGAAAAAAAUUUGAAAUUCUUAACUUUUUACUAUACUUUGCUUUUGUGAGCUAUAUUUGUUCAAUUAUGAAAACUCUUUUUGCUAGCCCAAGACCAUAUUGGGUUGGAAAUAAGGUGAGUUAAUGGGAAUGGGUUUGCUAUUAAGAAUAUGGAAAUCCUUCAGGUCAUUCAUUAUUAGGUCCUAUUUUCUAUGAAUUCAUCUUGCGUAAUUAUAUUUUAAGAAAAAUAAACAAAGAGAACAAAUUAGCAAGAGUGGCUGCCACUAUUGGCAUUAUCACUCUUGUAGCCCUCAUUUUAUUUUGUCGUCUUUACCUAGGAAUGCAUGCUUUGAACUAAGUCUUUUACGGCUUGAUUAUUGGAAUAUCCUUAAUUAUUUUGUAUCGCCUCUACUUUGAGAUAACUAUCAAAAGAGUGCUGCUUUAUUUAGUGAGGUGCAACAUAGAUAACUCAAAGAAACCAAAAGCUUGUGUUUACAUUCUAUCUGUAUUUUUACUUUGCCUAAUUCUAUGCAUAAACAUAUAUAUAUUGCAAGAUACUGUUAAGGAUAAAUCGAAUGAAAAUUAGUGGGAAAUUUAGAUAGAAGAUAAAUGUAAUAUAAAAGAGCUAGAUCCCUUAAAGGCUUUUUACAAUAGAUGCUUUAUUGAUUGCUCAGGAGUCUGCAUCUGCUUCUCUUUGAUGCUUGGGUUCCUGUAUUCUAAGCACCCAGAAUUCUUACUAGGUCGCUAUUCGAAUCAAUCUAAUGUUUUUCUACGUUCUUUAGUAAUAACUAUUUCCAGUUUAGUCUUUAUAGUUGGUUUUAUUUUAUUACCAACUGGUGAAAUGGUUUUUUUGAAAUUCUUUUUUUAAUCUAUUGGUGUUUUUGCUGCUGGCUUUUGUCUUAUUUAUCUAGCACCAAUAUUGUUGUUUAAGUAUAACUUAGUACAACCUAUUCACAAAGAACUCUAAAGUGAGUUAACUGAGGAACUAAGUACAGAAAAAAAGCAUCCUAAAAUCUAUCAAAAUUAGAAAGAAAGUCAAGAAGGUGAUAGAUUCUCUAUAAAUGCUAAUUUUGAAAAUAAUCAUAAAAACUCUGGUGAUGAUUAUGAAGAUCACGAUAUUGACUUCUAAAAUACUUAUGACCUUUACAAGCCUUAAAACACUUCUAAUGGUACAAAAUCUCUUCAAAAUGACAAAAACGAAUAAUAAUAGAACAAUGAAAAAAGAGCUUCAAAAGAAAUUAAUUGA